AUGACUUCCCUUGCUACCCAACUCCAAUCCAUCGCUUCGUUAGACGCCGCCCGUCUGACAUCCCGUUACGGCGCACCUGUCUCAAAAUCAUAUCUCUUCCCACCCAAAGUAGCCGCUCAACAUGAUCUCGAUGCUAUUUUCUCUCUCGGACAAUCGGGUUUUGAAGAGCUCUCGGCUCUCGAUCCAGAGUUGGAACAAUUCGAGGAGAUUCUUUUCAGCGAGAGCGCAAAGAAGACCGAUAGGAUGAUGUUGACCCCUACUGAGAACAAAGAUUUGGAUGUGGUACUGGAGAGAUGUUUGAGACGAUUAGGAAAAUGGAUAGGGAUCAUGGCUGGUGGUAAAUGUAUAGAGUGGUUGGUACGCCGUUUUAGAAUACAUGAAAUGAACGUCGAAACAGUACUACAGGUCUUUCUUCCUUACCACGAUUCUCCCAAUUUUGCCCGGAUGUUAGCCAUCCUCACUAUCCCUCAGACAUCAAUCUACCACGCUCCUUUCUUUUCUCUCGUGAAAGACUCUCAACCUAUAUAUAGGACAUACAUUGCCAAUUCUAUCUCUCCCACUCGCGACAAAUCUCUUCGUCUUCUACGUGAUAUAUCUGGUAUGCUCCGACAAGCCCUUCAGGAUGGUGUCGUCCAUCGGGCCUUGAUGGGUUUCUGGACAGCUACAUUGACUGAACUUCUUGAGAACUCUAGAGCUAGUAGACAAAGUCUUUCGGAUGGGACUGUCAAAGUGCUCGUAGAGGCAUUCGUGGAAGUGAUGAGGUUCAAAGGUAGCGGUCAAGAUGCCAAUGCUGCCGUCUAUCCUCCUUUGCUCUUACUAUGUCGGACAGUCAGACUGGCAGAUGAACCUUUCUUAGUCAUUCUCGAAGCUCUUAUCACUCCCGAUAGCGGGGCCAAUCCUUCUCAUCGUGUUCUCACCCUCAUGGUCCUUCUUGAAGACAGGAAAGGACUUACCGGUGGAAUGGGAGAGAAGGCGGGUGCGAAUUUGGCCAGAAUUGAAAAGCUCGGUCAGAUCCUCAUAGCCGCUACGGAGAAGUAUUCAUUGUCUUCGGCUCUUACCAUUAUCGUGUCGUGUAUGGUGCAUGAUAUCGAGGGCAACUUAUCAGCUCUGUCGGAACUUGCAGAUUGGUUCGACAUGCCGACUACUGUAAUCAAAGGCAUGACCGCCCAGCUCCUGUUACUCGGUUCAAAGAUGGAUUGUCCACCUGUUCAAAAACAGCACUGUGAAACUCUACUAUCCAACUUAUCCGAACGGCAUCCCGCUAUCGUCGAUAUUACAUUCAGGGAGCUUUCAGCAUCGCACCAGAUCGACAGCUCUCUUAUCAAAAGUGUGACCACCGAGGACGCCUUAAUCAACGUCUAUUCGGCAGACGUCCCUGCCCGUAUCAAGGCUAUCAAGGAUUUGAAGGAGUUGUUACUUUCCCCAAUGUCAUCUGAGAGCAUCCCUUCCGCAGACACGACCUCAGCUUUCAAGGCUCUCGUAGACCUUCUCGGCGACUCAAAUCCAGAGGUUUUAGGCGCAGUUUAUGAUGCUCUUUCAGCGGUCAUUGCUCAGAUCGAUAUUCCAUCAUAUGUCAAAGUCGUGAGGCCUGCUUUCCAGGGUUUGUCACCAGACAAAAUCAUCAUUCGAAAGCAUCUUGACUUCAUCUCGAAUCACCUUACUGGACCCGAUCUGGAUGAUUUAAUUUUCCAGCAACUUCUCUUCCCCUGUCUGCUUGUGCACCGUGCUCGAGACGUUUUCGACCAGAAAAUCCAAUUCUCAUUCCCAUUGGACUCCAACAAGAAUUCCGAUCUCCUUCAAGUGAUGACAAGGACUUUCAGAAGUCUCGAGGCCUCUCCUGAACCCUUUGACUCAGAAACGAUCCAUUUGCUUAUUUGCAAGGCUAUCGCUGAAGCCAUGGUGGCUUCAGACAAGUUUGAUACUCACCUCAAUUUUCUCUUCUCGCAGCUGAAGGUGACCGAACCGGAAUCCAGGCUUCUUUCCAUUCUCAUCCUCACCCGUCUCGUUCACGACCUCCGGGGUGAACAUCAGGUCUCAAUCGCCGUCCGUGUCCUUCGUGACGCACCAUUAUCAUUCGCGGCUUCCACUCGUCAGUUUGAUAACUCGGAACAGCCAUUCGCGCCUGAACUUUUGUCUUUGAUUGUGAACAAGUACGACAGUCCUCGGACCACUCAGCGAGCGAUUUCAGGGAUGAUAGCUGCCACAAAGAAUGUCGAACUCCCUUCUUCCUCGGGAUUGACUUGGCUGGGCGAGCAAAGAAAGGAUGCACCAACAACGACAUACGGAGCAUAUGCUCGAUCGCUUUACAACACGGCUAACGGUCGAAAUCUACCUCCCACACUUGCCAAAGGCCUUCUUCGUCAUCUUUUCACUCAGGUCGCAGAUCAAUCCCUGCUUUUCCUCGCCUCUGUAUGGACCAGUUCAGACUUAUCUUCUAUCCGUGUUGCCGCAUUAACGCACGCUCGAGCAUUCAUCGAUGCCGCCACAUCACCCGAUGGUUCUUCCACCACAGACUUCCAGGUGAUCGUCCCUGCCAUAUUAUUGGCUGUGCAGGAUCAAGCCAAGGAGAUUCGUGAAGCUGCGGUAGAACUCCUGAGGAGCGUGAAAAGGUCACAACCUCUAUCAGCAGCUUCGAACAUCGAGAUCUACGCUCUUGACAAUAUUUAUGGUCUACGAUCGAACAUGAUCCAGUUACUCAAGCAAUCUGACCUGCGACAAUAUCUCGACAUGCUACUCAACGCAAGCAAAGAGCUGAUCAUGGAUCACAAAAGACUUGUGGUUCUGCACGCUUCUCAACCUGGAAGCGAAGGGAAUAAGAAAGAGAUCAUACGACACAAACGAUCAGUCAUUUCUUGGCUUCUAUCUCAUUUAACAGCGUGGAGAAGUUACAGGGAACGUCUCGCUCUUCUCUCGACACUGUCGGGUAUAAACGAUGGAGGCGUAUUCCGAGGUUCUUUACCGCUUUUGAAGUCGUUGCUUGAGCCCGCCAACGAAGAGAGAGCUUGGGUUGAAUCUUUGGAUCAAUCACAAAGAACAUCAUACCUCGAAACCCUCACGAGAUGUAUCUCUCAGUCCGCGUUACCCUCUUUGUCGGAUCCUGAAAGUGAUGGCUGGACUUUCUUAUUUUCCGCAUUGACGAUGACUCACGACGCAGAUGUAGGCAGAUCCGUGCGAUUCUUGACUUUACAAAGGGUGGCUGGUGGGGUUUUCAAAGGCUUGCCGUCAGAGCUCAAACGGGUUUACUUUACGGAGAUCAUUCGCUCUUCACUGAAGCUUGUAGGUAACGAUGACCCUCGACCAUCUUUACAAAUCCUUCGCUCGUUACAUCUCGAGCCUGAUGAUUUGUCAGCGGUCAUCAACAAUUUAGGGGACAGAUUUGAGACGCCGACCACGAGGAAGAAAACGGCUGAGAAUGAUAGUUCAUCUGCGCAAGUGUCCGACGCUGUCAGUGAAUUAACGGUAUUGUUCGAUUCUCGCGAUUGGUCAACCUUACCUGGUAACGUGUCACUUGUUGCCGCACUCAUGGGCACACUUUCGAACCUCCUUACGAAGAAGCAACUCAUUAAGGAAGGUAUCGACUAUCUCGAGCAAGAACUCCUCGGCGCCAUCCUCGCUAUAGUCUCCAAGAUUACGGAUCCGGUGGAGCUGCAGAGAUCCAACGUCGGUAUUGAAGUAAUCAUCAAGGUCAUCAGAGCGUCAAACAAUCCUCGAACCUCGGAAAGAGCGUUGUUGAUAGCUUCCGAACUAGCACGACUUAUACCCGAUGCCGUGCUACACAACACUAUGCCAAUUUUCACCUUCAUGGGUGCUUCAGACUUCCAACGAGACGACGCAUACACUUUCGGUGUGGUGGAAAAGACAGUCGCUUCUAUCGUUCCUGUGAUGAUACGAUCCCUCCGACUCAAAGCGAGCUCCAGGUUGGAGUUAUACACCGAGGCGAGCAGCUUUUUGAGUAUUUUCACGGACAUGUCCGGUCGACUACCGAAACAUCGUACUUUGGCGUUCUUCGUACAUCUCGUCACUAGUCUCGGAGCAGAGGAUUUCCUAGCACCGAUUGGAAUGCUCCUUGCUGAAAAGGCCAAUAAAGGCGGACGAAGCAUCUCUUCUCAAGUACUGGAGUUACCUCUCAAUAUUGCGGCUGCUUUCGAUCAAUCAACACGGCUUGAAGCUUUGAGGGAAAUAAUGGAUGAAACCCUUCGACUUUUGGAUGAUCUCACACCAUCGGACAAUUUCAAGAAAGCUUUUUUGUGUCAUAUUCCGAGUGAUCAACCUCUCGAUCCUCUCAGAUCUAUCCCGUUAUUACUUGCCUUCGUGGCUGGUAUUGCCAAGCAGUUGAUCGGCAAAUCAUGUGAUCAAAGUAACGUUGAACGAGUGGUUGAACAGCUGGUCGUUGUCAGCGGGAAAGUUGCCACACCACUUCUGGCCGAAACGGACUUGGAUAAAUCAUCUAGGAAAGCUUUGGACGCAGUCAUGCAGUUGUUAUCAGCUACCAACUUCUUCGACGUUACUGUCAAAUUACUUUCGGAUGGGGAUACAAAGGUUCAAAGAGUGGCUUUGGACAUUUUAAUCGAGAGAUUACCAUUGAUCAAACCUGAAAUCAGAAGCAAAAGUAUUAUAUCCAUGGCAGAAGUUAUCAACCAUACUUCUAAUCUUCUCAAUUCUUCAAGCGGUAAUUCAUCUUUGAAUGCUUUGAGAAUCAUCGCUUCUACAGCUUCUUCAAGCGAGGACGCUUUCCUCGCUCAAGCCGUACCGAAAGUUCUGGAGGCAAUAAAGUCUGGUAAAAAGUCAAGUUUCAUCAUUGGACUUCUUGGCCUAUUAGACGUCCUCAUACAUCAUCUCAAAUCUCGUUACAUACCUUAUAUCGCAAAUACCAUCAAUGUCGUUCUUCCCUUAACUGAUCACUCUUCACCCAUUAUUAGCAAAGAAGCAUUCACAGUUCUCUCAGCGUUGAUCGAUACCGUACCUACAUUCAUCAAUUCAAAACAACUGGGAUCUUUGUUAUCCAACUUUGUAAAAUAUCGAGAGAAAGAUGCGAAAAUCUCUUUGGGAGCAAUCAACAUCACUACCAAGAAAAUAUCCACGAAGAUCCUUUUCCCGACUAUAUUCGAGCUUUGGAAAGGUGUACAAGAGAUGACUGACGUGCAGACUAUGCAAGGUUUCUUUGACUUGCUCAGGUUAACACUCAAACAUGCCGAUAAGACAAUACUUCCAAGUUUGAUGAAAGGGAUAUUUGCUUUUUUCCUCGAAGUAUUUGAUCUACGUCAUCAACUUCAACGACGUGAAAUAGUACCAGAAGUGAUCAAUAACAUAGAAGAAUCAGCCAUUGGUAGUUUCCUCGAAUUGGUCACGAAAUUGAGCGAAGCGAGUUUCAAACCUCUUUUCGUUCGGUUGUACGAUUGGGCCGUGAUUGAUCUUUCUGAGGGUCCUAAUAAAGACGAGAAGAGGUUGGUUCAACGAAAGAUUGUUUUGUUGCAUGUUAUGCAAGGUCUUUUGAUCAAGUUCCGCCAUCUCCUCUCACCUUACAUGUCUACCCUUCUACCUCACAUCCAAGAACUCCUUCAAUCCUACUCUACCGGUCACAUGACAAACUUAACACUCUGGCAACUCCUCCUUUCAACAUUAACAACUUCCUUCCAAGUCGACGCCUCAACGUUCUACACCGAUAAAAUAUAUCUUGAACUCAUCCCAUUACUCAUCUCACAACUCUCUAUACCCACUCGAGACUUAUCCGAUCUUCUUAUAAACCCCGAAUCGCCCUUAGGUGAUUGUCUCGCCCAAUUAGCCAAAUCAACAACGUCCGAUACAGUCCUCAAAGCUUUGAACACGGCUUUAUGCAUCAAGACGAGGGAUGAUGAAGUGAAAGUGAGGAUGUCAGCUUUGAUUGUGUUGGAUAAAGUUUGGGAAACACAAGCUGAAGAAAUGUUGGGUUUGGUACCUGAGACUGUGAGCGAGUUUUUGGCAGAGUUGUUGGAAGAUGAAAAUUCGGAUGUGGAGAGGUUGACUAGGGGUGUUUUGGCGAAGAUAGAGAAAAUGACUGGACCGUUGAAAGAGUAUCUUGAGUAA